CUAUUAUUCUUCUUAUGAAAAUUCAUUUCGCAAGUUUUCGCAAGUUUGCAAGUCGCAGUGAGUGAAAAUAAAAAUUGGAUUUACAUUACACGCCAAUAGUUAGAAUUCUAAAUUCUUUACAAAAUGAUUCUUCUUAAACCUAUUGCAUAAAAUCUUUGUUAGGUAUUUAACGAGGGGUUGUUUGAAUAAUUGCACAACAAUUCAUUGGUAAAAACCAUUUUUGGGGAAAUGGCGUCCGCUUUCCCCGAAAGUGAAUUGGAAGAGCUUUCUAGUGGAUUGGGUUCCUGUCGCAUUGAUGACAAUGACAAAUCUAAAAUCGAGCACCGUUUAGCAUUUCUGGAUAUUCCGUUCAAUUGGAAUCCACAGCAAUCGAGACCAGAAGGCGACAAUCCAAAACUUGUUGUAGCCGAUUUCAAGAGAAAGUUGAAAGAGUUGCGUGAUACGGAAACUCAGCUUGAAUUCAAAAGUUUCUGUUGUUAUUUGACACUGGCUCAAGAACUUAUCAAAUAUGAUACUGAGAGUGCAUUGAAGAAUGUUCUAGAGUGUGAGACAUGGAUGGACAGUCUCAAAACUGGCACAUGUAAAGAAAAAGACUUUUUAUCCAUCAGUGAAGCAAUCAACUACAUUUAUUUGGGCUCCAAAGCUUUUGCUCUAUUCAAAUGUGGAUUUGUAGCUAAAGCUAAAGAGCUGCUUUCUGAAAUUCCUGAGCUGGUUGCAAUGGAAGACAAGCAAAGAUCGGGAAUUUAUGGAGUCAAAGCUUGGACCUUUAUGGAGUAUGGAGUGGCGGGAUUUUUCAAAGCUUUGGAAUGCAUCAGCGUUGCCAGAACUAAGCAUCCAGCAAUGGCCGAGUGGCACUUCUUAACUGGCAAAAUCAUGUCGAGGAUUCGCCACGUGAAAUUUCCUUUCAUGGUUGUCUCAGACGAAGAGGAAAAUUUCUACCGCACCGCCUACAAGUUGAAUCCAGAAAACGCGGGCUAUACAUUGUACAUAGCGCAAAUCACUCGCGAAAAAUCAUUUGGGCUGUUCCAGGAGUGUCGUUAUGACAGAGAACAGCAUAGAGAAGCCCUGGAGCGAGUAGAUAAAAUGAAUGCCGAAGCACUAUCAUUGUACAUGAGGUUGUUAGGGACUCAUAAGAAUGAUUCACAUAUUUUGGGUCGCACAGCAUUUGGCAUGGUGAAACUUCCUGAGCCCUACAAAAGAAUCGAUCUGGCGGUGCAAGCGAUUGAGGAGGCACUGCACUUAACUUCUGAUAAUCCCCUGAUCAACCAUUAUGCUGGUCUCAUUUACUAUCGUUAUGUGCAGGAUAAUAUUAAAGGGCUAAUCUACCUUGAACGAGCUGCCAGGCAAAGAAAUAUUCCUGCACUGAUGGACUGGAUUAAAUUGAAGUGCACAGUCGAUCCUCAUUACGAUCCAAUACCCGACUGGACCAAGGCGUUACAACAUGAGGACUACAAUUCAAGUAUUCUAACUGAAAUGGCGUCCUGGUACUUUUUUAAAAAAGACAAUGUUUUUCGCGCCUGGGAUCAUUUAAAGAAAGUCACUGAGGAUCAUUUCGCUAAAAGUCACAAAUGCGGCAGCUUGAGAAUGAAACAUCCGUGCAACUUGUUCGAGGUCAUUUUCGACGAAGUGAAGCUUUUGCUAGCAAAGCAAAAUUUCAGAAACCAACAAGAAAAAGAAGAGUUGAUGUCGAUCAGUAACGAAUUACAGAAGAUUUGUCCGGAUUCUCAUCCUACCGAUUACAGCAAUUACAAGGCAAUUAUUUUGGAUGAAUCUGAACGAACCAUGAGGUAUGAACAGGGAAGACUUUAUCGGAGAGGUGGAGGGAGGGGUGGUGCUAGAAAUGGAGGAGGGAGUUCACAUGCUAGAGGCAGUACGAGGAAUUUCGAAGAUGACAGAGGGGACUCUACUUAUAUGCGGGGCCACUCUUCUUAUCCCAGAGGUAGAUCGAACAACAGAGGAAGUUCUACCAAUGUUAGAAGAGGUUCCAAUGAUAGAGGAGGUUUUUCCAACAGCAGAAGUGGGUGCUCUAGAGGCAAUAUCGAUGCCAACCCUGAUAAAAGUGCCAGUCAAACCGGUUUGAACAUCGUUCUAGGUGAGGAGCCCCAGAAUCUAGGAAGAGACACACGUUCCAGAGACCGAGAAAAAUCUAAUAGGGGUAAAGGAGGAUCUAAUAGAAGCCGCGAUGCAUGUACCCAUAAAAAUAUUCAAAGUGAAGGGAAUAACACUGAUAAAAGUGCCAGUCAAACCGGUUUGAACAUUGUUUUAGACGACGAAACACAGAAUGCAAGAAGAGAUACUCGUUCAAGAGACCGAGGAAAAUCGAAGAGGGACAGAGGAGCACCAAAUAGAAGCCGAGCUGAGAGUUGCCAGAAGAAUAUUCCUGCAGAGAGUGAAGAAGGCGCUCACCGAAACAAUCCAGUUGUAGAAAGUGUUGUUAGUGAGAAAGUUGAUAAUUCACGCAUCCCAGAUCUGGAUCGCAUUGCAGGGGGUAUUUCUUUGAAGGAUGUUUUAAAAGAGAAGCUACUUGGAUUGAACUCUGAUUUCAAAAAUAAUUUGAACGUCAAGAACAAUCUAGGAUCGGGAGGUGAAAAAUUGGAAACAUCUGGAGGUGAAAACUUGCCUGAAGCUGUUUCAUCGCGUAAAAAUGUCACAAAUCGAAACAAACCGAAACACCGCUACCAAUCUAAACGUUCAAAUGAAAACGAUUCCAGAAAAUAUAAUAACCUGGGAAAUAUUGAUAACUUUGUUUCAAACGUUUGUGAGAAGUCUGUUGCUGAGAGCAAUAAUAAUUAUUUGGAAACUUCAUCCACAGAUAAGACUUCUACAAAAAAUUUUUUCGUAAAGAAACAGCCCCGGCAGCUUUGUAGUAACAGUGGAGAAACUUCAUCCACAGAUAAGACUUCUACAAAAAAUUUUUUCGUAAAGAAACAGCCCCGGCAGCUUUGUAGUAACAGUGGAGAGGCACGCGCUGGACCCAGCAAUGUAUUUGGUGGAGUAAAGCACGAUAAUUUCAGCGAGAAGCCGUCGAAUCUGGACAAGGGAACCAAUGACUUGAACGCAACCAAUGUUUCGGAAAAUGUUCGGAAUCUUCGUCCGAGAAAAGAUACACGACCUGUAUAUUACCCAAAGAAAGGAACACAAGCUUCCAAUUUCACUACUAAUAAAUUCUAGUAAUAUUCUUGAUACUAUAAGACUGAUGCCCGGUUGCUCUUCACCGUCGUAAAAUGACAUCAUAGCGUUGUUCAUUGAUUCUCCUGGCAUUGCCUUCGUUUGACUUCAUGUAACGACGGUUAAAUUUAAUAAACGUACAUGUAACCGGGAAUUUCAACCCAACCAUGUAAUGUGUUAUUGACAGAUACUGAAAUCUUGUUUUUGUUUUCGAUAUUGAAAUCUUGUUUUUGGCAACAUUAAUUUAUUUUUUGAAUGAGAUGAAAUUAUGUUUGAAGUAAUCUAGUUACCUUGGUUAGUAUUUGAAGGGUUGACUGUACAUUCAUAGUUAUAAUUCGUAACACUGGUUCGGUAUUUUUCUACGAUAACGCGGCCUCUCAAGUACCCGAUAACGGGACAGUACAUGCCAAUAGAGACUUCAUAAAGUACAAAACAUAUGUAGCAUUUGAUAGUGGAUAGUUUUACAUCUUGCCAGUCUAAAAAAUAGAUGCACAAGUACAGGAACGUGAUGAUAACAAAACAUAACAGAGCGAACUCGCAUGUUAAUAAUAACAAACCGUUUUCAGCCGGAAACGGUUGGUUGUGAACAAGUUGUAGAAUCUGGAUCCCAACAUGUAAGCCAUCAUGAAUAUUGCAAAGACCAAACCCAAAGGCGGUUUCAGACUUGAGAGAACUGGUGUUCAUGAAAAUAUACAUGACAGAUUCAAAAGCGGACUGGAUGAGCCCAAGAAGCAAAAGCAUUCUAUGCUCACAGAACGUGUAUUUCAAGGAGGAGAGAACAAAGAAUUGGUCAUCAUCUUCACUAUCAGCAUGAGUGUGCUCUGUCUAUAUUGAAAAGAUGCAGUAGGAUGAAAUAAGUAGGAAGGGAAUGGCGGCAAUAAAGGGAGCAACUGAGCUGAGAUUCAGCAAUUUGACGAGAGAAUCGGUCACGAAGCCGGCUACUAUAGCCAGCAGUCCUCAAACGAUAUUCGCUUUGCUGUAUGUCAGGUUCAGCCACUCGUCGGGCAAAUUGAACAAGUUGACGUGUUCGUUCACAUACCAAGCUUCGAAUGCAGUGAACAAGAUGGAGGUCGAUAUUCCGCCGAAGACCCUCCCGAUCAGCACUUAGAAGUUUGCUGACAGCUUGGUUAGACAGCAUAUCGAGUAGAGAAUGCCGUACGCUAUGCACAGUGGUUUUCGGCCGAAUUUGUCAGCAAGAUAGCCAACAAGUGUUCCAAACAGAGAGCUCGAAGCAAAACCAGUUACGUAGAGGACGGCAAUCAUGUCCUCAUCGUGUUAUAGUUCGUAAAUAUAUGGCCAACAAAAAUAUGGUUAGCAGUCUUCUGUAAUCAGUAUUAUCCUUCUCGGCAGAGUUGGCAGAUUCCAUUUUUAACAUAAGGGCUGCGGCUAUGAGCAGUAAUACUGCCAUUGUUCCCAAGUACAACAUGACGAUUGGCUUAUUACAGCCACGGAUUGAAAAAUAUCACAAAUUCCCUUAUCAAAAAAUCGAUACAAUUACCUAGGUGCUAAUAUUGUUCAGUUUUUCACAGGAAUGAUGAAGCUAACUGGGUCAUCGUGUUUUGCGGUUGCUUCUGCGAUGUACAGCUAGACCAUGUCAAAUUAAUAAAAAUAACAGAAGAUUGAGCGUGAACGCACGCUGACGCUGCACGCACACCCAUCUCUUCGACUGAUCUAUGCAAAAUAUUAAUGACUGAUAAUAUGUGUUAAUUCCAAUCUAGUGAGAUUGCAUUUACAUUUGCAUUUAACAUUCAAUCAGCCAUUUUUGUAUAUUUCCCGUUGAAUCAUUAAUGAAAUAUAGUACAUUUCAAAAUGAUUUGUGGUCGAAAUCAAAGAUCCUGCGACCCUUUUGAAGCAAUAUACUUUACCACUACAAUAAUUAUUAUACUAAAGUUACAAGGUAGUGUGCCAUAAAUUGAAUUGAAUUGCAGCAAACUGAAUGUGUAGGAUAGUCAGUUUGUGAAAUUUAUAAUAAUGGAUAAAUAUUGAACAAAGUUUUGACUGUAAUAACCAAUUUCAAGUCAAAUAAUAGAUUCUUAGUAUAAUACCAAUUUAUGCAUAUAUUUGUUUUCAGUUACCGGUACUAGUAAGUUACAACUUAUUGAAGAUUUUUUUUGUUUGAUUUGUUACUAUUCUAUUAUGAUAUAUAUUUUAUUAUUUUCUUAAUAUAUGGAUUAAUGUUUUUUUAUUCAAGUUAUUGUAUAAUAUGGAGUUUUGUUUUUAUUUUAAUGGCUAUUUCAUUUAUCAAUGCAUUGGUUGGAGUUAGAAGACGCUAUAUUAUCGUUUUCAGAAAAGUCAUGAUUGUGAGUGUUGAAAGAGAAGUAAUAUUCAAUGGAAUAAAUUAUGUUGAAGAAAUUAUGUUAUAUCAAGUUAUUGUAUAAUAUGGAUUUUUGUUUUUAUUUUAAUUGAAAAACCUCGAGAAGUGGUUAUUUCAUCUAUCAAUGCAUUGGUUGUAGUUAGAAGACGCUAUGUCGUUUUCAGAAAAGUCUUGAUUGUGAGUGUUGGAAGAGAAGUAAUAUUCAAUGGAAUAAAUUAUGUUGAAGGAAUUAUGUUAUAUCAAGUUAUUGUAUAAUAUGGAUUUUUGUUUUUAUUUUAAUUGAAAAACCUCGAGAAGUGGUUAUUUCAUCUAUCAAUGCUUUGUUUGUUGUUAGAAGACGCUAUAUUAUCGUUUUCAGAAAAGUCUUGAUUGUGAGUGUUGGAAGAGAAGUAAUAUUCAAUGGAAUAAAUUAUGUAGAAGGAUUAAUAAAAGAUAUCAUAUAAAACUUUAUUGAAUGAUUAUUUUUGUGAAAGAAGUAAUAUUUUUCUAAGUAUCAAUAAAUCUGUGGUUUUUGACAA